CUUUGAUUUAGAACUCAACUGACGUCACUUCCUUUCGCCGUACGUGUUUUGUUUCAGGCAGGCAGGGUCGAAGUCAACGUCAGGCAGGAUGUUGCGGCUUCGCUGUAAGACCAAAAACGGGAGCCACAUAAUGCAGGGCUUGACUCACCAGUCCUGCGUCAAGGAGCUGAAGAGCAAGGUGGAGGAGUUAACGGGGAUCCCAUGUGAUGUGCAGAAAAUAAUGGUCGGUUACCCUCCAUCCAGCCUUGAUCUUCAGAAUUUAGAUGCCCAUUUAAAAGACUAUCCCAUCAAAUCAGGAGACACACUCAUUGUCGAGGAGGAAAAGAACAAGCCCAAACCUCAGGAUCCGCCCAAAGUGAAAGCCCCCCACCUGGAACUCCCGCCCGUGCUGGCCCGCCGAGUGGUCCCGGCUGACAACUCCUGCCUCUUCACCAGUGUGUAUUACGUCGUCGAAGGGGGCGUGUACGACCCCGCGUGUGCCCCCGAGAUGCGCGGCCUCAUCGCCCAGAUAGUGUCGAGCGACCCCGCGGCUUACUGCGAGGCGGUGCUGGGCAAAACCAACGAGGAGUACUGCUCCUGGAUAAGACGGGACGACACCUGGGGAGGAGCCAUCGAGGUGUCCAUCCUGUCCAAGUUUUACCAGUGCGAGAUCUGCGUGGUGGACACGCAGACGGUCCGGGUGGACAGGUUCGGGGAGGACGCCGGCUACCACAAACGCGUGCUACUCAUCUACGACGGCAUCCACUACGACCCUCUCCAGAAAGAGGUGCCCCGCUCCGACGCCCCCCCACAGACUAUCUUCUCCACCACCGACGACAUAAUCUUGGCCCAGGCCCUGGAGCUGGCCGACGAGGCUCGCCGCAAACGUCAGUUCACGGACGUUAACCGCUUCGCGCUGCGCUGCAUGGUGUGCCAGACGGGCCUGGUGGGACAAAAGGAGGCCCGCGAGCACGCCAAGGAGACGGGCCACACCAAUUUUGGUGAAGUGUGAAAGUCGUAUUAUUAUUAUUUUUUUCUCUCCCUUUCACAGAUACAACCCCCCCUCUCCUUUUGUACCCUCAUGUCCGGCAAAGUCUGUUGGCCUGCUUGUGUUCUCCUCUACCUCACAUUAACCUAUGACAUAUUUGGAGAAUCCUCAGACACUGUGUUAACCCUCUAAUUGGUUCAGUAUUACCUUUUUAUAACUGCUGAAGGUCAAAAAAACCGCUACUAUAGGACUCUUGUUACUAAUCCAUCAUGUCGGGUCCCUAAUUUCCCGUUUUCGGACGUUUCCAUUGGAGUUAAUUUAUAUAUGCAAACGAUUCUUAGGGUUUGUUUUGGUCUGUUGAGAUCGCUCUCCUCCUCGAUGGAACCGACGUGGCUUAUGCUCUGAGCAGAAAACGCACCAAAAUUGCCGCUACUUACACCGCAACUGACCAAACUUACUUGACAUACGUCUCCGCAAAGGGUCGUCGAACAAACGCUAAGAGCGAUUUUUGUUCUGAGAUGUGAUCCAAUUCACUGUUGUCUUAAACACAGCACAGCGAGUAUGACUGUUAUCCACGUGGGUUUUCUAGUGUUGUUUUUCUAUUGGCGGACAGGUGCGAGCAAAUGAUUGGUGGGUUCGUUUGGGCCCGGCUUCAGAUGUCUACUGUAGAUGUUGAGCACAAGUAAUGCAUUUUAUCGCUAAAACCCAUGGGCUUUUUGUGACGUCCCUCUUAAUUUAUGGAGCAAUUGGCAUUAAAACGGAAUAAAAUGUUUAGCUUUUUUUUUUUUUUUUUUUUUUUUGCUGUAAACAUUAUUUACCAUUGAUCUCGUUUUGUUGAAUUGUUUCAAAAUAACGGUGCUGUAAAACUCUGUCUCUCAUGACCUGUUUGUUUUAAGAGGUUUUCAGGAGUUUGUAAUUCUGGUUUGCAGGUUUUGAAAUAUGCUGUGAACGUUUUUUGUUUUUUUUUUGUUUUUUUUUUUUGUAUUUUUGAACUGCUGCACAUUAAAAAAACAGCACAUCAAAUGUACUAAAAGCGUGUAGUUUAACAGAAUAACACGAGGGCUGUGGUGGGUGGACUGGAAAUCCAAACUAUAAGGUAUGUGUAGGAGAUCAGCUUUACUCUGCCUUUUUUUUAUUUCUUGUUUUUGCUAAUUAUCUUAAUUGUUAUCUUUAAUCGUUUACCUGCUCAUCUAAUAUUUAAGGUUUUUGUUGUUGUUGUUUUGACUAUGAUUAAAUGCAUCAUUAGCUUAAACCCUUUAACAUCUAAUGCGAUGUAUAACUGCACCUGUGUGUGUGCUGAUGGGGCACUUAGGGUUUUAAUUUUUAGUAAAGUCAAGACUGCCACCCUUCUACUGUACAUUUUUUUUGCACAGCUGGAGCAUGUUCUCACGUUUUAUGAUUGAUUCUGGCACCACCGCUUUUCACGGAAGUACACCAGGCCAGAGAAGGUUUAUCAGUUAUCUUGUUGCCUGACAUUGCAUUCAACCAGUAUUUCUUUUUCAUGCAACAUUGGGUACAGAGUUGUUGCCAGAAUGGUGAGUUUAAACCGUGCAAGAGUUGAUUGAUUCUUUUUUUAAGCAUCACAGGGUAAGGGUUAGGGUACAUAGAAAUAAAACACAAAGAAGAGCUGUGUUUGUUUGUUUUUUAUGCGUAUUGUGCAUCAUUUAUAUUUUGUAGUCUGGUUAGCGAUGAUUAUGGGUUAAUGAGCUUUCAUAAGGUGAAACGGUGAAAUAUCCUGUUUGUAUUUACCAAGUUUUCAUGACUAACAACAACAACAAUGAAUGUUGCACAAAGAGCACUAUGGAAUAACUGGAUUUACUUGAUUUGUUUUUCUUUUCCCAGUGUUGUCACAAUAAAAAGCUGUAGCCAAGA